AUGAAGGGUUCCGACAAGGAGUCUACGAAGAAUGAAGAUCAAGAGAGAGAAGCAGCGGCCACUGCGAGUCAGGCAGAGGCCCUAGAGGCCAAGAAUUUCUGCACCGCAGAUUCACACUUUGCUCUGGAAGCAGAAGGCACCCAUGGGCUUGAAGAACAGGUCAUGGCUACCCUCUAUCUGGAGUCUUGCCAGGCCCAUAGUGUUGUGCCGGCUUCUCGUCUUCUGUGCCAAGGGAGUGCCUCUGAAUUGAGCCUUCGGCACCGUGGCCUGGGGCCCCAGGGUGUCCGGGCUCUGGCUUCCACGUUGACUUCUAAUCUCUACAUCAAGCGCCUGGAUCUUCGGGAUAAUGGGCUCUGCGGGGCUGGGGCAGAGGCUCUGGCCGAUGUCCUGUGUAAGAACAGCGUUAUCUCUGAUGUGGACCUGUCCGAGAACCAGAUUGGAGCUGCAGGGCUCCGGGCUCUCUGCACUGCCCUGGCCUUAAACCCUGCUGUGCAGAAGAUGCAACUGGGAGGAAACGGGCUGGAGGAAAAGGCUGCCCAACACCUCGCUUCUCUUCUGCUGCUCCACACGGGCCUGAGAUCCCUAGAUCUCAGCUAUAAUCAGCUCAACGACCUGGCAGGAGAGAUCCUUGGACCUGCCUUAGCAGAAAACACAGGACUCACAGAGCUUAACCUCAGUUGGAAUCACCUUCGAGGCCCAGGAGCCGUUGCAUUUGCCAAGGGCCUGGAGGCAAAUAUAUUCUUGAAAGUGCUAGAUAUCUCUCAUAAUGGCUUUGGAGACUCUGGAGCCUCUGCAAUAGGCGAGGCCCUCAAGGCCAACAACGUGUUGGAAGAACUGAACAUGAGAAACAACCGAAUCUCCAUGGCAGGGGCCCUGAGGUUGGGACUGGGACUGCAAGUCAACCAGACACUUCGUUUUCUUAUUAUUUCCAAGAAUCCCAUUCGAAGUGAAGGAUAUGUCAGUCUCCUUAAGUCCAUCCGGAACAACAGAUCAUCUGCCCUGGAACUGCUGGACCUCUCUGAUAUCCAAGUGAACAGAGAGUGUGAUGACCUCGCUAACUCAGUGAACACAAUUCUUCCAGGACUUUGUAUAAAGAAUAACAUAUCCAGAAGAAAAGACUGGCCAUCAGCCUCCACACCUUCCCAGACAGCAUCUGCCCCAAGUGCCUCUGGUCUCUCUAGUAUGCCACUGUAAUGUCCACACUGCUGCCCACUCGAUAUACCAUGUGCUCUAUGGCAUCUGCCAUAAUCUGGGCUUCA